CUCCCGCAGCACCAGGAGGUACGACAUUUUGUCAAUUAGAUUUGAUAGCUGUCAAAUUUUCCCAGCAUGGCGUCCAUGUCCCGCGUUCCGUUACUGCUCGUGAUCACACUCCUGUACCUGGACAGCUGUUACACAGCUUCUAUACCCAGAAGUUUCGAUCCUCGAAUUGGUGAUGAAAUGAUGCUCACCCCAAAGAAAAGACCUUUCUGCAAUGCUUUCACAGGAUGUGGACGUAAAAGGUCACAAACGCCAGGCAUGCCGGCUCAAGAACUAUUGAGGCAACGUCAGUUCGUCGACGACGAAGCUUUGGGUUCCAUAUUGGAUUCAGAGAACGCAAUCGACGAUCUUUCCCGCCAAAUAUUAUCCGAAGCGAAACUGUGGGAGGCGAUACAGGAGGCCAGCGCGGAGAUCGCCAGGCGGAAACAGAAGGAGUAUCAGUAAAUAACUUAAUAACUGGUUUAGUACUGGUAUCGUGGAACUGUUCCAAUCCGAAACUAACGGUUCUGUUGUUUUUUCUUUAUUUGCGUAUUGUUAUUUCUAAUAAUUGGGAUUCAAUUCUGACGCGUUCUAAUAGAUUGGACUUCAUUUUUUCUUAAUCUGCGUUUUGUUAUUUCAAAUAAAACAAUGGUUUAUAAACAUUUUUAAAACUUAAACAUUUUAUACGUUUAGUAAUAAUGUGCCAGGGUUUUAUUGCGUUUUGUUACUUCUAAUAAAGAAUUCUAUUUAAA